GCCGCGCCGCCCCUCACUUGCCGGCUCCCUGUCCCCGGGACGCGGCGCGGCGGAGGGACGCAGCGGGCGCGCCCUCCGGCUGGCAGGGCCCCGCGAGCCGAGCCGCCGCCAGAAUUUCUGCGUGCAGCCGAGCGGGGAGCCCAAUUCCCGGGGCGUUCGCGUUUGCGCCUCCUCCUCCCUCCUCCCCCCUCUCGCCCACAAGGGGGACGGGCCGAGUUCCAGGCUCCCGGCUGGUUCAUUCUGCGGCCGAGGAUUAUAUUUACAUGCAAACUGUCUCACUCUCGCCAGAUUGUCCACUUCGGCGCAGGCACGGGAGGCUUGUUUUCCACAUUACUGUCUCUACUUUGCACCUGCCUUUCAGAUUACCUCCGGGAAUCUGUGGGAGGAGCUGAGAGGGUGGAAAAUGUUGCUUCGCUUUGCAAAAGGAAGAAAACUUUGUCACCCAGCGGGAGACCUCUGCCAUGCGUAACCCGGAGAGACACCAGAACCAGGACAGCCUCUGGCUUUGAUUUUGCACCGCUGAGCCCGUAAGGAGGAAGAGGACACGUGAACUCCGCGCUCACGCCGACCGCCAUCCGUGCCCAGUGGCGGCGGCCCGAGGUACCUGCGCCACCUUCCUUCCCUCCCCGGGGAAGUCCCCACGCGGUGUCUUCGGGUGGAAGGAUAAUAAUAAAGAGCGCGCGGCUCGAGGCCGACAGCAGGGGCCGGCCUAGGAAGGAGAGAACCGAAUUGCAGGAACGAGUCACCCGGAAUUAACUUCUGGUUAAAGUUAUGGGAAGCGCGGCCAUGGACACCAAGAAGAAGAAAGAUGUUUCCAGCCCUGGUGGGAGCAGUGGCAAAAAAAACCCCAGCCAGAAGAGGCGUUCGCUGCGAGUGCACAUCCCGGACCUGAGUUCCUUUGCCAUGCCGCUCCUGGACGGAGACCUGGAGAGCUCAGAAAAGCAUUCUUCUCGUAAGGUGGACAGCCCCUGCAGCUCGGGCAGCCCCUCCAAAGGGUUCUUCUCUAGAGGCCCCCAGCACCGGCCCUCCAGCCCCGUGUCUGCUCCCGUGAGGCCCAAGACCAGCCCUGGCUCUCCCAAAACUGUGUUCCCAUUCUCCUACCAGGAGUCCCCACCCCGCUCCCCACGCCGAAUGAGCUUCAGUGGGAUCUUUCGCUCUUCAUCCAAAGAAUCUUCCCCCAACUCCAACCCGUCUACCUCACCCGGGGGCAUCAGGUUCUUCUCCCGCUCCAGAAAAACUUCAGGCCUCUCUUCCUCUCCGUCCACACCCACCCAGGUGGCCAAGCAGCACACCUUUCCUCUUGAAUCCUACAAGCACGAGCCUGAGCGACUGGAAAAUCGCAUCUAUGCCUCGUCUUCCCCUCCGGACACAGGCCAGAGGUACUGCCCGUCCUCCUUCCAGAGCGUGGCCAGGCCUCCAGCAGCAUCACCGACACACUAUGCUUCCCCCAGAACCGCGGCGCUGGCGGCGGCCCCGGGACCCGCGGAAGCCGGCAUGCUGGAGAAAUUCGAGUUGGAAGAAGAAGCAGAAGACUCAGAAAGUGGUGUUUACAUGCGCUUCAUGAGGUCACACAAGUGUUACGACAUCGUUCCCACCAGUUCAAAGCUUGUGGUCUUUGAUACUACAUUACAAGUGAAAAAGGCUUUCUUUGCCUUAGUAGCCAAUGGUGUUCGAGCAGCGCCACUGUGGGAGAGUAAGAAACAAAGCUUUGUAGGAAUGCUAACAAUUACAGAUUUCAUAAAUAUACUACAUAGAUACUAUAAGUCACCCAUGGUACAGAUUUAUGAAUUAGAGGAACAUAAGAUUGAAACAUGGAGGGAGCUUUAUUUACAAGAAACAUUUAAGCCUUUAGUGAAUAUAUCUCCAGACGCAAGCCUCUUCGAUGCUGUAUACUCGUUGAUCAAAAAUAAAAUCCACAGAUUGCCAGUUAUUGACCCUAUCAGUGGGAAUGCACUUUAUAUACUUACCCACAAAAGAAUCCUCAAGUUCCUCCAGCUUUUUAUGUCUGAUAUGCCAAAGCCUGCCUUCAUGAAGCAGAACCUGGAUGCCCUUGGAAUUGGGACCUAUCACAACAUCGCCUUCAUCCACCCGGACACUCCCAUCAUCAAAGCCUUGAACGUCUUUGUAGAGAGACGAGUGUCGGCCUUGCCUGUGGUGGAUGAGUCAGGAAAAGUUGUAGAUAUUUAUUCCAAAUUUGAUGUAAUUAACCUUGCUGCUGAAAAAACCUACAAUAACCUAGAUAUCACAGUGACCCAGGCCCUUCAGCACCGCUCUCAGUAUUUCGAGGGUGUCGUGAAGUGCAGUAAGCUGGAAAUCCUGGAGACCAUCGUGGACAGAAUAGUGCGGGCUGAGGUGCAUCGGCUGGUGGUCGUGAAUGAAGCAGAUAGCAUCGUGGGUAUUAUCUCCCUGUCGGACAUCCUGCAAGCGCUGAUCCUCACGCCCGCAGGUGCCAAACAGAAGGAGGCGGAAGCAGAAUGACCACUGUGAGUGGAGAAGCCCUUGGAGGAGAACCUGAACAGAGAUUCUGGGGUCACGCUUUGCCUCAUGAACACUGACCGUGACAGAAGACAGUCGAAUGGCUAAGAAUGUAUAUCAGGGUUUAGUGAUGGGUUAUUUUUUCCAGUGAUAUUGAAACUGAGCAUAAGAAACAGUUUAUGUGUUUGAAGAUUCAGGCUUGCAUUAAAAGACUAUUUUCAGACCUUUGUCUGAACGAUUUCAAA